AUGAUUUGCUUGCAGUUCCUAUCUCUUCUUGCUUAUGGACUUACAAUACUGCAGGGGGUGAAUUGUUGGACAUACCAUUAUUCAGACACAAACAUGACCUACAGGGAAGCAGAACUGUGGUGCAAAAAGAGGUAUACUAACAUGGUUGCCAUUCAGAAUAAGGAGGAAAUCAACUAUCUCAAUAAUUUCUUACCCUUCAAUCCGGGUUACUACUGGAUUGGAAUCAGAAAAAUUAAUGAUGUAUGGACCUGGAUUGGAACUAACAAACAACUGACAGAAGAAGCAGAAAACUGGGCUUCAGGUGAGCCAAAUGGUAAAGGGAACAACGAGGACUGCGUCGAAAUCUACAUCAAAAGAGGGAAGGAUGAUGGCAAAUGGAACGAUGAGCAGUGUGAGAAAAAGAAGGUCGCCUUGUGCUACACAGCUUCUUGCAACCCUUCACUCUGCAGUGGUCGUGGGGAAUGCAUAGAAACUAUUAACAAUCACACCUGCCACUGUAACCCUGGAUUCUAUGGACCAGAAUGCGAGUUCGUUGAGAGUUGUGAUCCACUAAAGAAACCUGAUCAUGGGAGCCUUGAGUGUGACCACCCAUUGAAGAACUUCGGCUACAACUCGUCCUGCACAGUUCAGUGUGAGGAAGGCUAUGAACUGACUGCACUGGAAUCUGUAUACUGUACCUCUUCUGGAGUCUGGUCUGCCACCCUCGCAGCAUGCAAAGCUGUGACCUGUCCUGCCUUAGAAAUGCCUGCCCAUGGUGCUAUGAACUGCUCCCAUCCCUCUGUGGAGCUCACCUGGGGUAUUACCUGUGAGUUCACCUGUGAGGAAGGAUUUACCCUGACAGGACCAGCCACACUGCAGUGUGGGUCUUCUGGGGCCUGGGACAGGCAGCAGCCAUCCUGUGCAGCUGUGAGGUGUGAGGCUGUAACCUGGCCAGAAGAAGGCUUUGUGACCUGUGACCAUGCUCCUUCAGAUCUCACCUAUGGCUCGCAUUGUGAUUUCCGCUGCAUUGAGGGCUACAUUCUGGAUGGCCCAUCCAGCAUUGAGUGCACAGCACAGGGACGGUGGUCAGAACCAGUGCCAAAAUGCAAAGUUGUACAGUGUGAACCACUGACCACUCCUGAGAGAGGCUUUAUGGAUUGCUUACAUGGUGCUGGGAACUUCACAUACAACACAGCCUGCCACUUUAGCUGCUUAGAAGGAUGGAGGCUCAAUGCCUCUGAACAACUCAGCUACGUAACUGUGGGUAUAGCAGCCACAAGUGCCUCUCUGUUGUCCACGGCAUCAUUCCUCCUUUGGCUGGCAAGACGUUUACGAAGGAAAGCAAAGAAAUUUACUCCUUCCAGUAGCUGCCAGAGCCUAACCAUUGAAGGUAGCUUCCAAAGUGCUGGCCAGAAUGUCUAA